GAUCUCCACUGACAAACGAAGCUCUCCUCGCCGCACUCGCGCCUGCUCGACCGCUCCAACAAGACCCUCUCGCGCCACCGCAGCAGCGUCGUCGUCGCUACGCGGAUGCUGUCUUCUCACCGCGAGAGCCUGCUGCCCUACGCGCCGGGGCGGCGGGCGGCGGUGCUGCUCGACCACCGGCGGUACCGCCCGAACGUCGAGGUGGCGCCCAGCUGCCCGCGCUGCGACUCGCCCAACACCAAGUUCUGCUACUACAACAACUACAGCCUCAGCCAGCCCCGCUACUUCUGCAAGGGCUGCCGCCGCUACUGGACCAAGGGCGGCUCCCUCCGCAACGUGCCCGUCGGCGGCGGGUGCCGGAAGAACCGCAGCAGGGGCAAGCCGGUCCGAGCCGUGGCCGUCGAUUCCGUGGCGCCCAGCAGCGGUGGCGCGGCGGCGUUCACGCACCGGGCGUCGGCGUCGUCGUCGUCGGCGUCCCCCGCCACGCUGCGGCCGGACAUGCUACUGGAAGGCAUGCUCGGCAGCCCAAGCGAGCUGUGCCAGCUGACGGUGACGGACGACGACGCAGCGGAAAACCCGGCUGUGGCGCCCGAUGGACCCAGGAUCGACCUGGCGUUGCUGUACGCCAAGUUCUUGAACCAACAGCCGCCGGCGCCCGAGCGGCGCGCCGUCCUGCCGGAAUCGCUCGUCGUCGACACCUUGAGCGGGUCGUCGUCGAGCGACGUGGGUCCCGUCGUCCCAUCGCGGGAUCAUCAGCCGUUCACGACGCAAGACGACGGGCUGGGCGAGCUGUCCGCGGCGGCGAGCGCAGAGCCGAGCGCUCCUCCGCCACAGUCGUCGUCGUGUGCGGAGGCGCUUAUUGGGGCGUUCGGCAUGGACCAGCGCUGCUACGACUCUCUGGGUUUGCCACCAGACGGCGGGGAUCUAGUCCUACCGUCGACGUGGCCUCUUCUUGGGGCCAAGUACGAGCUGUUCGAUCCGCUACCUGAGGACGCCGUGAGCCUUCAGGACGGCUUCGCCGGCGACGAGGACGUGUGGAGCGGCGCCUUGGCUUGUCAAGGGCUGGAAGCAGCUCUCUGCAGGCCGUAAUUUUUUUUAACUCGCCUCUUGAUUUUCACCGUGCUUGUGAUUGUUUUAUGCGCUCUUUUCUUUUUCCUGGUUGUGAUCGUGUUCAGGAGUAAUUUAUAUAGAGACCAUAUAUACAGCAUGUCCAGAUCAUGCAUUAUGAUGGAUCAACGGGUAUACAUGUGAGAUAUAGAAAGAACUUAAUAAAAUUUUGACAUUUUGUUUGACAA